UGUGGCCCUGGUACACCACCUAGGGCCUGGCCGCGCCGCGGGGGCUGACCUCUGGUUGUUGUGCGCGCAGCCCCGGCCCCUCCUGCUCGGCUGAUUCUGGACUUGCACUAGCAUCCAGUGGCCCAACGAGCGUGCGCGCGCAGCUCUCGGUCCUCCUGCCCUGAGUGACUCUUCGGAGGUCCCAGCCCCCCAGCUUGACAUGCCCGCGGGCGUGUCGUGGCCCUCGUACCUGAAAAUGGUGGUAGCCAGCAUGGGGGCCAUGCUGGCAGGGGCAGAAGUGGUGCACAGGUACUACCGACCCGAUCUGACCAUACCUGAAGUCCCUCCAAAACGUGGUGAACUCAAAACAGAGCUUCUGGGCCUCAAAAGCAGAGAAGAGCAAGAUCAGAUUUCUCAACAGCAGUGAUCUACACGGUCAGCAUUUGACAGGGGGACUUUUACUCCCUUUUUAUACAUACAGACAGUCAUUUUGCUUGUCCCAACACACUCAGGGUUCUCCAUGAACUUUAAUAAAUUCAGCUGUAAUUGUGGUUUGACAUGUGUGACCUGAAAAUUAUUUGAAUGAACUGUCCCUAGCCUUUGGAAUGUAGUUUGGGAGCUAUUUGAUUUGGUUCUGGGUAUAAUGUAAAUUACAUGUAAAACAUUUUGGAAUUAAAGCCUUUGUGUUGACUUCUCA